ACUUAUCAUACACAAGUCUCUGUUUACUAAAGACGAAAUCAUGGCAAACAAGCCACAGAAAAUGCCCAAAGUGGCCAAGGUAAAGGACAAAUCUCCUGCUGAGCUGCAGAUAACAGCAGAACAACUAUUGAGAGAAGCUAAGGAGCGAGAACUUGAAAUUGUGCCCCCUCCUCCACGGCAGAAGAUAUCAGAUCCAGAAGAACUUCAAGAAUAUCGUUUGAAGAAAAGACGAGCCUUUGAAGAUAACAUUCGUAAAAAUCGGGGAAGCAUUUCCAAUUGGAUUAAAUAUGCAAAGUGGGAGGAAGAGCAGCAAGAAAUUCGAAGAGCCAGGUCUGUGUAUGAGAGAGCUUUGGAUGUUGAACACAGAAAUAUUACAUUAUGGCUGAAGUAUGCUGAGAUGGAGAUGCGUAGCCGGCAGGUGAAUCAUUCUCGCAAUGUGUGGGACAGAGCGGUCACCAUCCUACCGAGAGCCAACCAAUUUUGGUACAAGUUUACUUACAUGGAGGAAAUGCUGAAGAACAUUGCUGGCUGCAGACAGGUAUUUGAGCGAUGGAUGGAGUGGGAGCCAGAUGAGCAGGCCUGGCUCACUUACAUUAAAUUUGAGCUACGUUAUAAAGAACUAGAUCGUGCAAGAGCAAUCUACGAACGCUUUGUUUAUGUUCAUCCCGAACCAAAAUAUUGGAUUAAAUAUGCUCAUUUUGAAGAGAAUCAUAGCUACAUUCAGAGUGCUCGGCGAGUGUAUGAACGUGCCAUCCAUAUCUAUGGCGAUGAUCACCUAGAGGAGAGUUUAUUUAUUGCCUUUGCUAAAUUUGAGGAAGGUCAGAAGGAACAUGAUCGAGCCCGAGUUAUUUAUAGGUACGCACUGGAUCAUAUGCCAAAAGAGAAGUGUUUGACUCUCUACAAUGAGUAUACACGACAUGAAAAGAAAUAUGGAGAUAAAUCAUCGAUUGAUGAUGUCAUUACCAGCAAGAGGAAAUUUCAGUAUGAAGAAGCAGUGACAGCCAAUCCUCAUGAUUAUGACACAUGGUUUGACUAUGCACGGAUGUUGGAGGCAGACGGCAAUGUGGAUCUCAUUAGAGAGACAUAUGAGAGAGCAAUAGCUUGUGUUCCGCCCUUAAAGGAGAAGAGACACUGGCGCCGCUACAUCUACCUUUGGAUUUAUUAUGCAGUGUUUGAAGAGCUCACUACCAAGGAUAUGGAGAGGGCACGGCAGGUGUACCAAAUGUGCCUUCGUCUAAUUCCACACAAGGUGUUUACCUUUGCUGAGAUAUGGCUACUCUAUGCUAAAUUUGAGAUUCGCCAGAAGGACCUAUCAGCAGCAAGAAAAGCAUUGGUAAGCUGGUCAUUAUUGAAAUGAAUGGAUAAUCACAGAA